CGAAGAAAGUGGAUUUAGCUUUCUGGCUAUCGCAAGCAUAACAUCAUCCCUGCUCGUGGUGAAUCACUGUCAGCUUCUCCCAAGUCUUUCAACCGUUUCGUUGAACCGGUCUUCUUCACCGCCCCGUUGCCCCUCCGAUAACCAUCGUACCCCUCGCCCCCCAAGGAUCAACCUCGCAGCACUUUGCUUUUACUUAUCACAUUGACCUUUCCUGCACGCUGCAUGGCCUAGCCUGCCAUCAUUUUUAGCUGUUCCACUACCUCAGCUUCCUCAGUCCGGAGCAGUCGUCCUGCUCGGACAAAAGCCAUUACACUUAUCCUACCUCCUUCUCUCGAGCCUGCUCCCAAGCACUCUUUAGCUCGUUCGCCGACUAUGUCUCUACAGCAAGACCCUUCCAAGCCUGAUGGGAGGCCAGGAGAGGUCCGAUUCGAUUCCUUCACUGACGCUUCCGCUCCAAAUGUCUCAUCGAACUUUAACAAUGCCUCAAAGACCGCGUCCGCUCUAUCAGAAGCCGAUAAAGGCACCCAAUCAGGGAGCGAUUUGCUGCAUCGCCUGAGCUUAAAGGAGAUUCUCACAAUGCGAGCACCCGAUUUCCAGAAGCAGUAUCAGGGCUUGAACCUUUCUGGUCGUAUCAUCAGUGCUGCUUUCUGUAUCCCACAUAAGUUAUACUUCCGGGCUGGCCGUGAUUGGGAGUUGAAACCUCGGCCUGGAUCUUCUGCUUUGUUCGAUUCAUUUGCAUAUUUAGCCUCCGAGAAAUCGGGCUGGAGUCAUACACUUGUCGGGUGGACCGGUGAAGUGGAACCACUCAACGAGGGGAGCAAUCCCUUGCAGGCACUUAACUCCAAUGCGAAUACAAACUUGCCUGCAGCUCUUGACAACACUUCGCGAUCUCUUAGUAAAGGAUCAGCUCCUGUGGUACCCGAUAUAAGUUUGCUGCAAUCAAAUAGUUCCGUUGCAGAAACCUCGACUGUGGGACCUGAUGAUCGGAAAAGGUUGGAGGAUCAAUUGAGUUCAAGUCGCCACGGCAAGGUUGUUCCAGUAUGGCUGUCAGAUGAAUCCGACGUGCCCGAGGACACAAUAAUUCUUGGGGAUCAAAGCAGAUGGAGGCGCUAUGCGGAGAAAGAGCUCUAUGCUCUUCUGCACUAUAAACAAAAUGGACCAACUGACGGCAGGUUCGAGCGCGAUUCUUGGACAGACUACGUGAGAAUGAACCAGCUCUUUGCAGAGCGUAUUCUCCAGGAAUACAAGGAGGGGGAUAUUGUUUGGAUUCAUGAUUACCACUUAUUUUUGCUCCCAAGCAUUCUGCGGCAGCAUGUUCCGAAUAUCUACAUUGGUUUCUAUCUGCACUCGCCGUUCCCUAGCAGCGAGUACAUGCGGUGCCUAGCCAAAAGAAAGGAGAUUCUCACAGGCGUGCUUGGUGCAAACAUGAUUGGCUUCCAGACGUUCUCCUACUCGCGUCACUUCUCGUCCUGCUGUACUCGCGUACUAGGAUUUGAGUCCGACUCGGCUGGCGUCGAUGCAUAUGGUGCUCACGUGGCUGUGGAUGUCUUUCCUAUCGGUAUCGAUGCUGAAGCAAUACAGAAGAUUGCGUUUGAAAACGCAGACACGGAGAAGGCUGUAGAAGGGUUGCGACAGUUAUACGCUGGGAAGAAAAUCAUUGUUGGCCGUGAUCGCCUAGACAGUGCCCGCGGGGUCGCCCAGAAGCUCCAAGCUUUCGAGACGUUCCUCGAACGAUUCCCUGAAUGGCGUGACAAGGUCGUACUUAUCCAGGUCACCAGUCCGACAAGCGUCGAAGAGGAGAAAGAAGAACAAAAGAUUGCCAGCCGCAUCUCCAACUUAGUCAGUACAAUCAACGGCCGUUUCGGGUCGCUGAGUUUUUCUCCUGUUAAAUAUUAUCCUCAAUAUCUCUCGCCGCACGAAUACUUCGCGUUGUUGCGGGUGGCCGAUGUCGGCCUUAUUACAACAGUCCGCGACGGUAUGAACACGACGAGUUUGGAGUACAUACUUUGCCAGCAGGAAAACCAUAGUCCGCUCAUUCUUUCCGAAUUCUCCGGAACGGCUGGCGCAUUAUCGAGCGCGAUCCACAUUAACCCAUGGGACACUAUCGGCGUCUCAGAAGCAAUCAACAAAGCCCUAACAGAAUCUGUCGCUGACAAAAAGGAGCAGCAUUUGAAACUCUACAAGCAUGUCACGACCAAUACGGUUUCAGCAUGGUCUAACCAGUUCAUCUCGCGCCUGCUCGCAAACCUCUCCUCUUUCGAUCAGUCUAUGGCGACCCCGGCCCUAGACAGAACAAAACUCUUGAAGCAGUAUCGCAAAUCCCGAAAGAGGCUCUUCAUGUUUGACUACGACGGCACCCUUACCCCGAUCGUGAAGGACCCCCAGUCCGCUAUUCCGUCAGACCGUGUUUUGCGAACUCUUAAGACUUUGGCUGCAGAUCCUCGGAAUGCGGUCUGGAUCAUUAGUGGUCGCGACCAGGCCUUCUUAGACGAGUGGAUGGGCCAUAUCCCUGAGCUUGGACUGAGCGCAGAGCAUGGUUGUUUCAUCCGAAUGCCACGGUCCGACAACUGGCAAAACUUAGCGGAGACAACCGACAUGGGCUGGCAGAAAGAAGUUAUGGAGAUAUAUCAACACUUUACUGAGCGCACGCAAGGAUCUUUCAUCGAGAGAAAGAAAGUCGCUCUAACGUGGCACUACCGACGGGCCGACCCGGAAUAUGGUGCAUUCCAGGCGCGAGAAUGUCGGAAGCAGCUGGAAGAGCAUGUAUCCAAAACCUGGGAUGUGGAAGUCAUGGCCGGCAAAGCCAAUCUCGAGGUUCGGCCAAGGUUCGUUAACAAAGGCUUUAUUGCGACGCGGCUUGUGCAGGCAUACGAGGACGGGAAAGUCCCUGAAUUUAUCCUGUGUUCCGGAGACGACUUUACAGAUGAAGAUAUGUUCCGUGCCUUGAAGAAAUUUGAAUUACCGGGCGAUCAUGUGUACACUGUCACUGUUGGUGCAAGUUCAAAGCAGACAGAGGCGAGCUGGCAUCUCCUGGAACCCAGUGAUGUUAUCGAGACCAUCACGAUGCUCAAUAACAGUGCUUCAGGGCAGGAUUAUUAGGCCAUUCUGACAGUAUAGAAGUUGAAAAAAAGGCGGCUUACUUCCAGCUAUAUUAUAUACAACGGUGUUAUAGAAUUGUCAGUAUACUUUAGACAGCAUAGACCGGUUAUAAUUUGCCUACA